AUGGCUCAAGAUGGUCAUUCCGAAGACAAGCCGGAGGGCUUCGCUAAAUACCUUAAGCGUAUGAAGACCGUCCUUCGUCCUAGGUCAAUGUCCAAGCGACAAUCUAUAACUCCUGGGGUAGCUGCCCCAACCGAAACUACUGCACCAGAGGCAACAUCACCACCUGUAACAUCAACACCGGAACCAGCUCCAGCUCCAGUGCCAAACCCAGCACCAGUUCAAGAGCUCAGCCAGCCAGGCCCAGUCAUGAUCACCAACUACAGCACGACCCAACAUGAAAAGGCGCGCGCCCUCUUAGCCAAAUACGGCCUGACCGUCGACACCAGCGACUGGAAGACACCCCCGGACUUCCAGGUAACCCGUGUAACGAAGCCAAUCCGCAUGCGAGUACGCCGUACCUGCCAUCGCUGCGAGACAACUUUCGGUGCAGAGAAAGUAUGCAUUAACUGCCAGCACACCCGCUGCACAAAGUGCCCCCGACACCCAGCCGCCCGCGACAAGGACGGCGAACCAUCAGCCCGCAAGCCCAAGCUCCCAGAGACCUACGUCCACCAACCCCGCCUAUUCCCCAGGACCUCGCACCUCAAGCUCAGCACCACCAAGGAAAUUUCAUUGAAGAUGCCGUCCCCCACCGGUGGCCGGGAUUUCGUCCGUCGGCCGGCGCGCCAGCGUGUUCACCGUUAUUGCCACUUCUGCGCCUCGCUCUUUACCCCCGGCUCCAAGGAAUGCCCGAGCUGCAGCCAUGUGCGUUGCAAGAUAUGCCCACGGGACCCGGCUAAACUUGAUAAAUAUCCUGAUGGCUAUGCGGGAGAUGCUGAUCCGCCAAAACCUAAACCCGAGCGCACAUUCAAGAAACCUCGUCGCAGAGUCCAUUAUGUUUGUCAUGUCUGUGAGACUUGGUUCCAGGGUAAUGCGAAUACUUGUUCGAAUUGUGGUCAGGAGAAGUGUGAUGAAACUAAACGAAUUCCACCUAAAAAGGUCAAACCAGAAACAAGCCCUGAGGUUCUCAGGAGCAUUGAAGAGAAACUGGCAGCUAUGGCGCUUGAACACACACCAGAAAGUGUUGAAGGAGCGGCUUGA